CUGACCCCAGUCUUACCCUACUCCUCACCCUCCAGAGGCUCUACGUUUUCUUCCUUCAGGCAGAAGUAGCCUUGACGUUGGAGGAGACACUGACUGGCUCAGAUUUUGUUUUACUGUAGGGUCGCCCUCCCGGAGCGUCCCAUCUUUUCUGAGACGGAAAUGGCCAAUUCGGGCCUGCAACUUCUGGGCUUUUCAAUGGCGAUGCUUGGCUGGGUGGGCCUGAUAGCGAGCACUGCCAUUCCGCAGUGGCAGAUGAGUUCGUAUGCGGGCGACAACAUCAUCACAGCGCAGGCCAUGUACAAGGGACUCUGGAUGGAGUGCGUCACUCAGAGUACCGGCAUGAUGAGCUGCAAAAUGUACGACUCGGUGCUCGCCCUGCCGGCGUCCUUGCAGGCCACUAGAGCCCUAAUGGUGGUGUCCCUGGUGCUGGGCUUCCUGGCUAUGCUUGUCGCCACGAUGGGCAUGAAGUGUACGCGCUGUGGGGGAGAUGAUAAAGUGAAGAAGGCCCGUAUAGCCAUGACUGGAGGCAUUGUCUUCAUCGUGGCAGGUCUUGCUGCCUUGGUAGCAUGUUCCUGGAUUGGUCAUCAGAUUGUCACAGACUUUUAUAACCCCUUGACGCCCAUGAAUAUUAAGUACGAGUUUGGGCCUGCCAUCUUUAUUGGCUGGGCAGGGUCUGCUCUGGUCCUCCUGGGAGGUGCCCUGCUCUCUUGCUCCUGUCCCGGCAGUGAAAGCAAAACUGCAUACCGUGCACCCCGCUCCUACCCUAAGUCGAAUUCUGCCAAGGAGUAUGUGUGAGCUGGGGCGCUCAGCCUGUGGCAAGGUGUGGGACAGAGGCCUCUGGUCACUCCAGCCCUAAACACCAUGUACAGUUCUUGGGGUGGGGGGAGUUAGGGGAGGGACUGGGAAAAGACAAGAAACAUGGGGUGGGCAUGCUUUUUGUACAGUAAUAAAAAUUAAGUUUUGGAAA